UACAUCUCUUUCUCUCUCUCCUCUUCACCUCCAAAUCAUGAAGUUUCACCUUCCUCUGUUCUAAUCCCACGCAGAAACGACAAAAAUGGGCAACGGAAUCGGAAAACUCAGCCUCUGCUUCUCCGGUGACAUUUCCCGUCGGAGAAAAGACAUUGCUGUCUCUAUGUCUGACGAAGGUUUGGGCCACUCUUUCUGCUAUAUUCCAUCCGAUAAUCUACAAUCCCCAAAAACGGCGGCCUUCCGUUCCAUAUCCGGCGCCGCCAUCUCUGCCAACACCUCCACGCCUCUCUCCACCGACUCCUUCGCCUACACCACGCUCGACAAAGCCUCCACUUUCGAAAGCUCCGACUUUUUCUCCUCCACCCCACUCCAGCCAAUUCCCAAGAGCUCACUUCACACAGUCAAGUCCGGCCCGGUUAUGAAGAGUCCGGGCCCGGGAUCCGGGCCCAUGGAGCGCGGCUUCUUGUCCGGCCCGAUCGAGCGGAGCUUUAUUGCCGGGCCUUUGGAGAACCAGCUUGAUCACCUGCAAAGGUACAUGCCUAAAUCCAAGAAAAUGGCUCUGCUUAAGAAUUUCAAGAAGGCUGUAUCCAAAUCUCUGUGGAGUUUUAAUAGGGAGAUCAGUGUUUGUGAAAGAGAUAUUAUCAAUAGUGGGAAUAGCAGCAGCACAAUUACUAGUCACAAUUUGAGUAGUGAGAUUAGCUUGGUUGAUGAGAAUGAUGAUGCUGGAGAUGAAUGUAAUCUGCAGUGGGCUCAAGGGAAAGCUGGUGAAGACAGAGUGCAUAUUGUGAUAUCUGAGGAGAAUGGAUGGGUUUUUGUAGGGAUUUAUGAUGGAUUCAAUGGCCCUGAUGCUACUGACUUUCUCUUGAACAAUCUUUACGCCAAUGUGUACAAGGAGCUCAAAGGGUUGUUGAGGUUUGAUGGAGGUGAAUCUUGCGAAAGAACUGUUAACAGCUCUUCCUCAUCCUGUAAGAGUUUGGAUGAUAAGGAGAGGGUGGAGCUGGAGAGGAAGUUGAGGGAGAGGUUGAGCUAUUUGGGACGUGAUGGUGUUGUUGAUCAUUCGGUUGUUCUUGAGGCCAUGUCUGAGGCAUUGAGGAAGACGGAGGCCUCAUAUUUGGAGAUUGCAGAUAUGAUGUUGGUGGAGAAUCCGGAGUUGGCUUUGAUGGGAUCGUGUGUCUUGGCAAUGGUGAUGAAGGGAGACGAUGUUUAUCUGAUGAACGUAGGGGAUAGUAGGGCGGUUUUAGCACAGAGAAAUGACAGUGGUGGGAAGAUGGUGCUGGUGAAGAAGGAUUGUGAUGAAUUACUCUAUGGUUAUGAAUAUGAUAGUGUACACUAUUUGAGUGCUUCUCAGCUUACAAUGGAUCAUUCUACUUCUGUGAAAGAGGAGGUGAGGAGGAUUAGAUAUGCACAUCUAGAUGAUGCCUUUGCAGUUGUGAACACGAGGGUGAAAGGCUCACUCAAGGUCACCCGUGCCUUUGGAGCUGGCUUUCUCAAACAGCCCAAGUGGAACAAUGCACUCCUAGAGAUGUUUAGAAUUGAUUAUAUAGGAACAUCACCCUACAUCACAUGUUCGCCAUUCCUUUGCCACCACAGGCUACAAAAAACAGACAAAUUCUUGAUCUUGUCCUCUGAUGGCCUCUAUCAAUACUUCACCAACAAAGAGGCCGUCUCUGAGGUUGAGACGUUCAUGUCAAUGUAUCCCGAGGGAGACCCUGCUCAGCAUCUUGUCGAGGAGGUCUUGAUCCGCGCUGCUAAGAAAGCUGGAAUGGAUUUCUACGACUUGCUUGAAAUCCCACAAGGGGAACGGAGGAGGUACCACGAUGAUGUCUCGAUCAUCAUCAUUUCUCUCCAAGGAAAAUACGGCGUUCAUCAGUGUAAAUGCUAGGUAGAACCAGAACCGGAAGAGGAUCAUUUUUGUUUGCGUGGAACGAGGGUGUUCGUAGUUGUAGCAUAAGAUUAGGUUAGAUUUUCCAACGUAGGAUAGAAGACAAAGUGUGAUGUGGGGGAAUGUAAAUGCUUAUAACCCCUUUUUUUUCUUGAAAUGUUACACGUUUUUGUAAAUUGUGGUGUGCCAUUGAUAGAAUAUCUCAAAUAUACUGCUCCAAAUUUGUUUGUAUAGCAACCAGUUGCUGCCUUUGUUUAAAACUAAAUAAAUAUACUGUAUUUUAAUC